AUGACUGGUCCUCCAUCACUUUUGAUAAAGGAUUACCUACGGGAAGCGGGUUUUUGGCACGUGGCGAUGAUAGGCCGGGGGUGCAAGUUGGACCUGAAACUUAUUAGUGCGUUGAUAGAAAGGUGGAGACCCGAGACACACACAUUUCAUCUUCCAUGUGGUGAGUGCACUAUCACUUUGGAAGACGUGCAUUUGCAAUUAGAAUUGCCGAUGGACGGGGACGCAAUCACUGGGUCCAUUCAUUCUGCUAAUUGGGGAGCGGUAUGCUACGAGCUUUUCGAUGCUAUUCCAGACAAUAUUAACGGAGGUCGGAUCGAGAUGGGCUGGUUACGAGACACAUUUUCGGAGCCGGAUGAUGAUUCUACCGAACUAGAAAAAAUUCGAUAUGCUCGAGCAUACAUUCUUCAAAUAAUUGGAGGUUAUCUGAUGCCGGACUUGUCACAAAACCUUGUAAAUCUGAGAUGGCUGCUGAAACUCGUUGAUUUUAGAGCAGCUGGUGAAUUUAGUUGGGGGUCUGUCGUGUUGGCAACAUUGUACCGGGAGAUGUGCUGGGCUACGCGACCAAAUAAAGCGAAAAUCGGAGAUUGCCUAUCACUACUGAAAUCAUGGGCACGGUGGAACCAUUCGGCAAGUUAUGCUCGAUUACCUACCUGUCUUGAAGAUAUACGGCUUCUAUUAGAUCAACGAUCGGAAGCACAAUCCCAUUGGUCAACUUCGCUAUUGGAGAUGCACCAAUUAGACAGAGUAUUACGGCAAUUUGGAUUCCGACAACCGAUUCCUGUGGCACCUGAGGUGUUGGAUGAUCAUCACAAAAUCGAGUUACGGCAAUUGCAUACAGAUUGGCCGAGAUUCUGGUCACACUAUAUCCAAAUGUGGGAAGAUCGGUAUGAUUAUAUACCUACUCGGGAACCGAUCAUCACUCCAGAGUUGGCGUGCGUUCCGGAAUACGUGUCAUGGUUUAAGAUCCAUGGCAAGCCAUAUUUACUGUCAGAAGAGGAGAGGCAGCGGCAAUUGCGUGUCCAAAGGGAACGACGUGGCCCUUUAAAUCCUAGAAGAAGGGACGACGAUGCAGGCCCAUCAACAGCGCCACACAAUCACCCGCCCAAAGAACAGGACCUACAUAUCCACCGGCCCAACAGUUCAACCGUCGACACCCACAAAGACAACCUCUUGAGAUGA